AUGAAAUCACCAUCAUCAUCAUCAGAGAUCAAGGACAGGUCCUAUAGGCCAAUCCUGGCCUUAAAGGAACCACAAUCAAAUGCCGAAGGCAUUUUGAGGGCAAUGGUCAUAAUUGAAUCUUCAAAAUCUCAACCAUUGCGAUUCGUUAACUUCUUUCCAGUCAGCCAUCCAAAGCCACCAUCAGAACCAAAUUGGGGCAUCACCUAA